CUGCCAGGCAUGUUAUGCAGUCGCUGUUGUUGGACCGUGGUUUUCGUGGCGUAUUUCCUCUAAGCCCGUGCAGGUUGUUGGUGGGAAGGAGGCGGCUUUUGGUGAUUUGGUGGCCUUUGGCUUGAUUUGGAGAGCCCACGAACACGGAAGGGCUGGGCCGAGGAGGAAGGGAGGGACGGCGUGGGCGGUGCAGCGGUCCCCGGGAUGAAGGGCCAAGGAGGGCUGAGGGUGGUCGGGCUGCAGCUGGUGGUGGCGGCGCUGGGUAUGCUGGCCGCCGUCCUUAUGCUUGCCUCAUGGACAUCCCCACCAGGCCCUACUGACCCUACCGCCUCGUGUGACUUGGAAUGCGUGGAAACCUACAUGGCUGGUAUCAAAAAAAUGAAGGGCUCCGACUUCGUGCUGCUUCUUCGGGAUAAGUACCUCUUCCCCCCGCCGCCGAGCCCCAACACCUCGCUGCUGCAUACGGAGCGGAUGCCCUGGAGGGAGCUGCUUGAGUGGGACAAACUGCAGGUCACCCUCGAGAACCUAUGGAAGGAUCAGGCCCCCGGGGUGUUCGUGGAGGUCGGGGCGGCUGACGGGGAGUUCAUGAGCCAGACGCUGGUGCUGGAGAGGAACCUGAGCUGGACGGGGCUGCUGGUGGAGCCUGACCCAAGGUCCUUCGCCGUCCUGCAGCAGCGCCGCCGCAACGCCUGGACCUCCCCGAUAUGCAUUAGGUCCGGGAUGCCUAGUUCUAAACAAUUCUGGAUGCACUACCUGCUGGGGGACCUCCCGCCCGAGCUGCAGGGCCUCGUGAUGGCCAGGAGCAAGCUGGUGGGAGAGACUGUAUUCGGGGAUAAUAAACGCGGCACCACCAUCCGCGUCCCGUGCCUCCCCCUCUCCUUAUUGCUGGAGGCCGCCAAACUAACCUCCGUGGACAUGCUGAGCGUCGCCACGGGGGUCCCAGGCGACGAGACCAGGAUCGCUGACGUGACCCGCAACAAGAAGCUGUUCCACGUGAAGACCCUAUUGGUGCAGUACCCUCGCAGUUACUUAAGAGAUCACCCGUACCCGAUCAUCUCCGGGUACAUCAUCGACUUGGAACGGUCUCACCUCCUCCUGCGGCUCUACUGGAGGAGGUCCGGGUGCCGUCUGGUGCAGGAAGAGUCGUGCCACCGCGCCCAGACCUACGACCUGGUGAUGGCGUGUCGCAAGUUCCUGUGCUACGGGUUCGCGGAGGUCUGGACGUACAAACUCUGAGGACCCGGUGAGGAGGAAAGGGGCGAGGAUGCAUGUGUUUGUGAUGUUAUUUAUGUGAGGUAAUGGUGAGGUUACAGGGUUGUGGUGUAGCUGCUCGUGGCCUCGGUGCUCCUCUCCGUCUCCUUGGUGGUGUGUGUGUGUGUGUGUGUGUGUACGUAUAGUGUUGUAAUUCGUGAUCCUGUUCCAUAUUUUAUUUUACUUUUUUCUGAGACAGUUUUUUAAGGGUGGUUCCUCUCAGUUAACCUUUUAUACUUUAUGUUUCUCAGUGUCUUUCGGGGUGUCGGAGGUAGGUUAUAGAUUUUGUAACUUAUGGUAGGCUAUCUCCUUCUUCUCUUCCAGCUGUUCCUGUUGCGCUGUGGUGAAUGUUAAUGAUAAG